AUGGAGGCGUCUGGAAGCGAUGCUCGCGCUAGGUCAAAGAAGAGACGACGGCCGAAGCGGGAGGAUGAAAACGUCGUGCAGCGUCCCCGACCGCCACGACCUCGGCUGCUGCCGCUGCAGCAGCCACCGAGUGACGACGGCGACGGGAGCGACCAGCGGCUGCUGCUGGGCGCUACACGAGCAACCCUCGGGGAGACGCAGCAGCAGCGGCAGCGGCUGGGUGUGGAAGGGGGAGGGAGAGCGGGAGACGAGGACCUGGCGGGGAAACGACAAUCACCACUACUUGCUCACCAAGAGCAACGACAGCAGCAACAGCAACAGCGACAUGAUGACCAGGGACGGCAAGGCCUUCAGAAAGAACAGCAGUUGUCUGCCGCAAACAGGGGUGCUGCUGGUGGUGCUGCUGCUCGGACUGCUAAGAGUGGAUCCGAUUUUCCCCUGCCGCAGAGGGAGGCCCGGGAUCAACCUUCGGCGACGGCGAGCUCGGAAUUUGCGUCAUCUCCGACGCCGCAGCCUUCGGCGGCCACCACGGGAUCUCCGUCGUCUGUGGCAGCGAGCACGGAAUCUACGUCAUCUCCGGCGGCGGCGCCAGGCAGCGGUGACCAAUCAUCAUCCGGCGUCGGAGGUGUCGGAGAUCCGAAUGCCGGCGCUCGGGGCCGCAGCCACGCCACGACCGACUGGACGGGCGGCGGCGGCGGCGGCAGCGGCAGCGGCGAUGGCGACAGCGACGACGAGCCCACUGCGGUGGGAGAGAAGGAGCACGCGGUGUCGGUCGCGGAGCAAUCGCACGGCGGCGAGGCUCAGCAGCAGCCGGCGGGGAGCGACGCCGGCGGAGACGAGGACGAGGGCGAGGAUGCGAUAGGAGGCGUUUGUGGUGGCGUCGGGGACGGAGCGUCGAGCACCAAAGACGGCGUGUCGAGCACCACAGGCGGACGAGCGGCGUCGUGGAAGCGCGCGUCGAUCGAGGAUGUCGGGAGCAGGUGUUGCGACAGCUGUUUCUCGGAGAUGCUAAGGUGCGAGGAGACGGCGACGUGGACGGCGUCCGCUCCCGAGUGUAGGAGGUGCCAGCAUCUCGGGCGGCCGUGCUCCUUCCUCUCCGACCGACGGCGGUUCCCGCCGCCACCACUGCCAGCGGCGUCGACGUCGAGGUCGCGUGCCUGUAGCGCCGGAGCCGAGGAGGAGGAGAGGGAGGAGGAGGGAGUUGUGUUCUUGGAGGGCGGGAGAGAAGAAGGGGACUGGGGCGAGCUCGACUUCUCUCUGGAGGCGGUCCCGAUCAGGGGACGAGAGGAACCCGUCCCCGGGUUCACGGGGGCCGGGAAAGGGAUAGCGACCGAGUCGACGGGGACGGAGCCCCUCCCUUGGUGCCGAUGGUUCCUGUCAAGCGUCGGCUUCUCCCCCCCGACAGGUCGGCCAGGAAAAGCCCAGCUGGCGGGCCUCUGCCCCGGCGACGAGCUCACCCACCUGCUCCCCGAGCCGCGUGUUCGCCUGGAGGCGGGCCGGGCGAGCCGCGAGGACAUGGACCGGGAGCUGUCCCGGCUGGCGGUGUGGUCGCGGUCGCGGAAGGUCGCGGGCUUCCGGCGGGGAAGCGGCGUGAAACCCGCCGGCCAGGCGGAACGCGAGCGGUUCUAUGACUUCGUGUACGAGGAGGCGCACUUCCCGUGGCGGCUCGAGUUUCGGAGGAGGAGGCGGCGGCGGCGGCCGCGGGAACCGGGGCGGGGGGGGAGGGGCGGGGUAGACGGUCAGGACACCCACGGCGGCGGCGGUGGUGGGAAGGUUGUAGCAUCGACGAAGGAGGGGGAGACGCGGGGCUUGGAUCCGCUCGAGGGGGGUAGCCUGCGUCGUCGUGGUCGGCCCCUGGCCACCCGGGGCCCCGCAUUGACCUUCACGGUGUUCCGCGAGGAGGGUUGGACCCUCGAUGGAGGCCGAACCUUCACCGUGAGGGUGGAGGAAGAGGAAGAGGGGGCGGGACAGAGGGCGGGACGAGAAGGAGAGGGAAACGACGAAGCGGUCGGGCGAGACGGCGAUAACGCCGGUACCGACCGUGCUCUCGGCGACGCCGCCGCUGGGGUCGCCGGGAGGGGGACCGGAACCGGCCCCCCCGACGAGGACAUCGACCCCCUUCGGCUCUUGUGUCUUCCCCCGGGGGCCGCGUCUAUGGUUCGCCGCCGCCGCUCGAGGCUCGAGAGCGACGGCCCGGUUUCUGUGGCCGCCGCGACUGGCUUUCCGGGUAACCUAAGAAAAGACGGCCAACACGCGGCUCGCCGGGUUGGCGUUGUUGUUGUUGUUGGUGGUGAUGUUGAUGGUGGUGGUGUUGAUGUCGGUGGUGGCGUUGAUGUUGGUGAUGUUGUUGGCGAAGAAGGCAGUGUCGAAGUUGGUGCAGGCGGGAGAAAUACCCGGCGGGAGGGCGAAGAGCGCGUAACCUUGGCCCUGUCGGAUACCGACGCCUCCGCUGGCGCAUUCGGGCAGGGUUACCACUGCCGCCACCUCUUGGCCGGCCUGAUACCGGACGCCGUCCGCCUGGUGAAGGACCGCAUAUUCUCCGUCGCACGUGUCGAGUACGCUCGCUUGUACCGGUUGCGGAAGGUCAUGCCUCCCGUUGGGUCGGUGAUCACGCGGCCCCCCCCGGGGGGGGCACGGCCGGGAGGUGACGUGGUCACUUCGGUGGUGGAAGAGGAGUUCGAUGUGCCGUGGUGGGAAGGUGGCGGCGAGGAAGGCGGCGCAAAGGGUGGUGCGCGACAGGAGGAGGAAGCGGGGGCUAUGGAGGGACGGGGUGGAGAGACCCGUUUGGAGAACGCGGGUUCGGAGGCAAGAGGACGCGGGGGAGGUUCAGAAGAGGACGGCGACGGGGAAGAGAGCGAUGGAGAUUUUUCGUUGGAGGAGGAGGAGGAGGAACAAGACGUGAAGGUGGAAGUGGGCGGGGCGGGGCCGAAGCAGAGAAAAGGGUUGCCUCUAGCAAUGGCUGCAGCGGAAACCGCGGCUGGAGCGGCCGCGAAAGAUCUGGAAGAAGGUCCCGUAGACGACGAAGACCAGACCAGCCCGAGUUCGCGACGACGCACGGGAGAAGACGCAGCGUCCGCGGACGAGCGACCACGGCGGCAGCGGACGGAAGGCGGUGAUGGGGCACGACGAGGGGGCGUCGGCGGUAACGCCGACGGUCGCGCUAACGGCGGCAGCGACGGCGAGGGCGACCGUAACAUCCGGAUGGAGACGUCGGAGCUCGCGGUUGGGCCUACACCGGGAUCGGGAGCCCUCACGUGCCGGUUGCGGGAGUUCGUUCGGACCCCGGCGUUCCUUUCGUGGGUGCAAGAGCUGCGGCGGCCCGGCGACCUCGACAGCUAUGGACUCUGGCGCGCUUGGUCUGACGGCGGGGGGAAUGAGCGGUGCCGCCUCGGCACGGUCUGGAGAGGCGGGGUUCACGGGGCUCCGAAGGGCGGCGCGAGUGUGGUCGGGGAGGGCCGCGAGGACGCCGCACCUGUUGCUUGUGCUGGUCGCCGCGGGGAGGGCGAGGGUGGGGGUGGUGGUACGAACAGGCGGGACCCGCUCGUGUUUUGCGCGCGCUUCAAGGACGAGACGGCCGGAAACCUCCGGUGGAGCUGUGACUCUUGCGUGCUCAAGAGGAAGGACUGCGACGGAAAGGACCCUUGCGCUCGCUGCUGCCGACGGCGGGGCCGAAAAUGCACCCGCACUUUCCCUCCGAAAGAUAUUCGCUCCACGGUGACCAUCCCCGCCUUCCCCGCCGCCGCCGCCGGUGACGGGAGGGGCACCCUUCGUGUCGGGAUCAAAGACGCCGCGUCCCGCCUCUUGCCCUCGUGGGACCGGAGGAAUGCUGACGCGCCAGACCAAGGCGUGUCAGGGCCGAGCUUCUCCUCUGCGGUCUCGCGCUUGCUGCGAGGAGCCCCGGCCCCGGAACCAGCACCGCCACUGCCAAUGUCGCGGUCGCCGUCGCCGUUCCUACCGCUAUCGCCCUUCCAUAGCCGACGGAGGUGCCCGCCGAUGCCACGCCUCACCCAGCACAUUCUCACGGAUAGAGCGCAGAUCCUCAAGCUGCACGCGGACUGGCGAUCCGCAGCUCAGAACAGGGCGAAGGACACCGGGACCGAGGAAGAGGAGGGGCAUCGUCGGCUGGUUGCGGGAAAGGGGGUUGAUGCUGGCGGCGGCGGCGCACUCGAAGGGACGGUGUCUGUAGAAGAGAAGGAAGAAGGCGGGGAUGAUGCCAGUGGUGGUGAUAACUGCGGUAGCGGUGGUUGGUCGGCGUCACAGCAGCGAGAGGAGGACGAGGAAGGUGCCGGCGAAGGCGGCGGCAGGCGUGCCGAGGAGGGCGGCGAGAGGAGCGGCGGCCGCGGCAGCGAGGACGUCGCCGUCGUCUCGGACGCGAAGGAGUGGCGAAUGCCUCCGACGUGCUACGUGUGCCACCUCCCGCUGGUGUCCAUGUGCGAGUGCACCGCGGGCUCUCUGGACGUUGAGAGGCAGUUCUGGGACCACCGAGUGGCCGUCGUCGCAGGGAGGCCUCUGAAGGUGGACCUGGGCAUGCAGGAGUACAACGAGGACCGAUUCUUCGGGGACGUAGUCCCCACGAGGGGCUCCGUCGCGAGGCACCGGCUGCAGCCGGGCACGACUCACCGUUUCCGGAUGGAGCACGCUGUUGCCAUGCAGAACCGCGGACUUCUGCGCUACCCGUUCGCCGUAGAACCGCAAGCUCUGCCGGCGCACGGCCCCGCGUCACCGGGAGCGGGGGGCGCGGGGGCGGGGUCGCUUUCCCCGCGGCCCUCCUGCUCUUCACCGGCAGGUGUCCCACAAGAUGCUACGUCGGACACGGCAACAAAGUCGACGCGGGAGCAAAGGGAAAGGUCCCACGACGUUGGCGGUGAUGCCGCUGCCGCUGGUGCCGGGGACUGCGACAUUGGUGACCGCCGCUGUGACGACGAGUUGGACCUACGCGGCCUGCGCGAGUCCGCGAAAAGUGGCAACGGGAGCCGCGCCGCCAACAAUGGUACAGGGUCAGCAGAGGCAACGAUGGGGGCGGCUGCUGUUGAGCCCAAGCCGGCGUCCUUGUCGCGCCCGAGGCUGGAGGAGUGGCCAGGGUUUCCUUGCCCUUCGAAGGCGUUCGCGCGUGCGGCUCCGAUGGAAAACCCGAAGGGAGGGCUACCCCCUUCGCUCCAGGUCUUGAGGUUCAUCCACCAGGUUGUUUCUCUCGGACAUGGUGGUUGUGGCAAUCAGCGCCAGUCGCCCCGCUGUCUCAUGCCGUGCUUUCAUCCUCUGGGUGACUGUUGGCGACGUAUGUUGCCGACUUUCGUAACGCUUUUGCAGUGA